AGUGGAUGUCCGAGGAGGAGAUGGUGAGAUAGAGGAUUGGAGAGGGCACGUCGGUUGGUGGGAGAGUACCGCCAGUGCCGAACCAUCUCUCUCUCGGUUCACAUCUUCCGCCCUGUUUUCUCUGUGAUGAAGUGAUGGAGAGAGGACGGAGUUGGCUCAUAUUGGUAGUGGCCUGUGUGUACCCUAGUUCGGCAGCCAUCCCCAGCCACAAUAUGACGGUGGUCAGUAAUAAAGGAACUCUCCUAUCAAUUCAGCAAAAUAACUGCACCCUACCAGAACUUUGUACCAACAAUCAUAAAUGGAUGCAAAAUUUAUCAUAUCUUUUCUCUCCCUGGAGUCAUUGGUCCAAAUGCAAAAAGAACUUAUCUGGAUCAUAUAUUCAAAUAAGAGAAAGGGCUUGCAUACAUCCAGAUAUAUGUGAGAAAACUAUACUAAAGGAGGAGAAGCCAUGUAAAAGAAGAAAGAAGAAAAGACGGAAAAAAUAUAGAGAAAAGUUAAGAACAAGAGCUAGAGAAACAGACAGACUGUUUCAUGUGAUAGCAGUCCCAUCUCUGGUGACUACAGAACAUCUAGGUUUGUUAAGUACAAGCAGAAGUGGUGUUGAAAAAUCUAAAAGAAUAUACAGCAAGUGGAGCCGAUGGACAAUGUGCAGUGAUUCUUGUCUGACUCAACGAUACAGGUGGUGUAAAAAGGUUGAAGUAUGUGGAAAUGAUGUAAUACGACAAACAGCUUACUGUUACACUGAAGGGAACCAUUGUGAAGCUUGGCUCCAGAGUAAAUUUGCUUUAGAGACUACCAGUUAUCAGACUUCUCCAGAUAAUAAACCAAAGUUGCCAACUAUUCCAGUCCAUGUUUCACCGGUAAUACCAGAAAGCAAGCCAGAGACCCCAACUGCACCCUUACAGUCAUCCAACACUAUUGAUCAACAAGUAACUACUGCUGUCCAUACCCCAGCUUCUGACAAAUGGCCAGCAUGUGGUGUGGUACCAAACAACAGCUACAGUGAUCUUAACCAAAUAAAUAUGCUGAGGAUAAUUGGAGGUAGGCCUACACAAAAUGGAAAAUGGCCUUGGAUUGUUGCAGUUCUAAACCGCUUCAAGGAGGCAUUUUGUGGUGGUACUUUAGUAUCACCUAGAUGGGUUUUGACAGCGGCACACUGCGUGCGUAGAAGAUUAUAUGUGUCAAUUGGAGAAUACAAUUUAAAUCACAAAGAUGAAAAGGAACUUCGUCUGAGGGUAAAAAAGUAUUAUGUACAUCCAAAAUACAAUGUUGAAACAGUUGACAAUGACGUAGCUCUUCUUUAUCUACCCAUUCCAGUGCCUCAAGACACUCAUCCAGGAGUUGCCUGUCUACCAAAACCUCGAGAUCACUUACCAUUUAAAAAGAUGUGCACUAUUGUAGGUUGGGGUAAAAGGAGAGCAUCUGAUCAAUUUGGAACUGAUAUUUUACAUGAGGCACAGGUUCCUAUUGUGCCAAAGCAAACCUGUCGAGAAGUUUAUACAGACUAUCAGAUAACAUAUAACAUGUUCUGUGCUGGAUAUAGAAAAGGAAGAUUAGAUUCAUGCUCUGGUGAUUCAGGCGGACCUUUGUUAUGCCAAGAUGACCUUGGAAAAUGGACAGUUUUUGGUAUUACAAGUUUUGGAGAAGGUUGUGGUAAAAGAGGAAAAUAUGGAAUUUAUACAAAACUACCAAAUUAUGUAAGAUGGAUUCAAAGAGUCAUAAACAGUGAAUGAUAUAUUUAAGCGAAAUGUGGUCACUCAGCCAUGCGUGAUAGAAAAGUGACUGAAGAAGAUUUUUACAGCAUCAUUAAGAAUUCUUAUUAAUGUUUACUAUUUUAAAAUCUUUAUUAUUUGGGUCAUUUGAAUAUUAACAAUGGAUAUUUAUGGACAAACUUGAAUACGAAUCAAAGAGAAAGCCUACCAGUCAAUAUAUAUUUAUGGUCUUUCCAAAAGGCAUCUUACUUAAUAAAAGCUUGCAAAAUUAUUUUGAAAAAAUGUUUCAUCAAUUUAUUAUUUUAUAAUGUGAAAAGAAAAUAAGUACUAGAAUAGUGCACCUGAUUUAAAGACUUUUAAUUUAGAAAGUUAUAAGAAAUAAUCAUUAACAAAAAAGUUUUAAUAUACUAAACACUGCUAACUGCUCAGUUAAAUUAGCUACUAAUAGGUAACAUGUAAAUAAAUUGGAUAAAUGGUGAGAAGGUAUAGUUCUUAAGAACAACAGUGGUAUUUUGAAUAAUAGGGUCAAAAAAUUCAAUUUAUUUGUUAUGUUUUUUUCUAUUCCUGGUCAGAGAAGAUAAAUACAUCUGUAAUCCCAGGAAAAAAAAACAAGAAAGUUUAAGAGACAUUGGAACUGAAAAGAUAAAAUGUUGGACCAGUUAUUCGCCAGAGCUUCUGAUUAUAAAAUACUUUGCAAUGAAUUUGCAUAUUUAAUUGUACCAAAGGUAGAUCAGAAGAACAUUUAAUGUAAAAAUAAAACAAUUAUGAUAAUGUAUUUCAAAUAACCUUUAUUUUAAAUUGUAGUUAAUGUUUAUAGGAGCCCUGUAUUAUUUGUUGUCUUAUUAAGUGAAAAUAUUUAAAUAUUAUUACUAAAAAUGUUUUAUAUUCCUGUAUAAUUAUAUAUUUAUAAUUUUGCUACUAAAUUACUAUUUAUUAUUAUUUUUUAUUAAUAUUUUAAUUUUAAAUUAUCUAAAAUUUACUUGGAACAUAAUAUCACUUUAAUUAAUAUAAAUUUACGAUCUACUAAUACAUUUUCUAUGACAUUACUGUAUUUAUUAAAUAUUUUUUAAAAAAUUAUUUAUUUUAUGUUUUGUUUUAACUUUGAACACUAAACUAACUUAUAUAACUAACUUUUAUUUUUUAUUUUCUGUAUAUAUUCUUAUUUUUUAAAUAUACUAGAUGUAAAUUUUAUAAUUUUUAGAACUAAUUUCAUAUUAUCUUUUUUACAAGUAAUCUUAUUGAGGUCCAUGUAAAAAUGAGUUUGAAGCUCUUAAAUUUAAUAAACAAAAUUUAACUGUCUUUCUUA